AUGACAGCCUCAUCUCCCACGGACCCCUUCGGCCAGGUUCUCAAGGAUCUGGCCCUCAUCGCUCUGAGUCUCUUCUUAUUGCCCCUCGAUACGGCUCUUCUGGCUUUGUGCUAUGCGUAUCAGCGCCUGCGCCCGGACCGGAAGGUCUCCGGCCCCGUCGCCGUAGGCCAGCAACAGCGCCGAACGGUCCUCGUGACCGGUGUCGGCAUGACAAAGGGCCUGACCUUGGCACGGCUGUUCCACCAGGCCGGGCACCGUGUUGUCGGUGCCGACUUCUCUCCAUGGGCGUGCGGCAGUAAGUCGCGUGCAAUCGUCUCCUAUCACGUCCUCCAGAGGCCAAGCCGCGGCGGCUCUGACCCCUACCUCGACUCCAUUCUCAAGGUGAUUCGGGAGGAAAAGGUAGAUCUUUGGGUGAGCUGCUCCGGUGUGGGCUCCGCCAUUGAAGACGGUAUCGUCAAGGAGGUCGUCGAAGCACGCACGAAAUGUAAGGCGGUGCAAUUCGACGUCGCCCGCACACGCACCCUGCACGAGAAGGACUCGUUCAUGGACCACACGCGGGACGCCGGAUUGCGGGUGCCGGAGUCGUACCUCGUCACGAACCGCAACGACAUGCUUUCCGCACUAGAAAAUGCGUCGGGGUUGUCGUACAACCCGCCAGAUUCAUCCUCAUCUUCACCCUCGGCUGGGAAAAAGGGGCCCAAACUCCCCAAACGCUUCAUCGCCAAGUCGGUAGGUAUGAAUGACAGGGGCCGCGGCGACAUGACGCUCCUCCCGCUGCCGACGGAGAAACAAACCUACGACUUCAUUUAUCGCCUGGAGUGGCUUGGUAUGUCGGACAAGGAACCGUGGCUGCUACAGGAGUUCAUCGACGGACAGGAGUUCUGCACGCACUCGCUCGUCGUGCGCGGCGAGGUUAGGGCCUUUGUGGCGUGCCGCUCCGCUGAGCUUCUGAUGCACUACGUCGCGCUCCCGCCGGAGUCUUCGCUGUCGCAGGCGAUGCUGGAGUUCACCAGGAAGCAGGCCGCGUCUUUUGGGACAGAUUUUACGGGUCACUUGAGCUUCGAUUUCUUGGUCAGCGAUACAGACGUCGCCAUGGCAAAGGUGAGCAGGCCGGAACAGCUUAAGCUGUAUCCCAUCGAGUGCAACCCCCGCGCGCACACGGCUGUUGCGUUGUUCGCGGACACGCCGGAGCUGGUGGACCAAUACCUCGCCGUGCUCGACGACGGGUCACUGGCCGCAGAGGUUGUCACGCCGAAGCAGCCCUCCAAGUAUUACUGGAUCGGCCAUGACCUGGUCACCCUGUUCCUUCUUCCCACUCUGCGGUUGCUUCUCUUGCGUGAAUCGGUAGAAGGAUACGUGCUCUCGGUGCGGAAGUUCGUCGAGCACGUGCUGUUCUGGAAAGACGGCACGUUCGAGGUUUGGGAUCCGUUGCCGGCGUGGUGGUUGUAUCACGCCUACUGGCCGAUGACGUUCUGGGACGCCAUGGUGAACUGGAGGAGCUGGAGCCGGAUCAACGUCAGCACGCUCAAGGUGUUUGAGUGCGACUGA